AUGGGUUUCUUUAUUAAUGAUCUGAAUCGUGAUAUUCAAAGACUCCAUACAGAACAAUUCGGUGGUCAUCAAUCAGAUAAAACAUUUAUAGUUUAUCGUGGACAAGGUCUUUCGAAAGAAGAUUUUACUAAAAUGACAAAAACUGAAGGUGGACUUCUCUCAUUUAAUAACUUUUUAUCGACUAGUAAAAAUCGUGAUGUUUCUCUCAAUUUUACACAACAAACCACUACAAAUCCUGAUAUUGUUGGAAUUCUAUUUGUUAUAUCAAUUAAUCCUACGUAUUCAACAACUUCAUUUGCUUCUGUUAGUGAUGUUAGUUAUUUUCAUACGAAAGAUGAAGUUCUCUUCUCUAUGCAUACCAUUUUCCGUAUUAGAGAUAUUAAACCAUUGGAUGAAAAUAAUCAUCUAUAUGAAGUAAAUUUAACAUUAAUCAAUGACAAUGAUCAAGAUUAUCGUACUCUUACUGAUCGUAUCAAACAGGAGAGUUUUCCAGAUUCGAAAGGGCAGUAUAGGUUAGGAUUACUACUAACUAAAAUGGGUCAAUUCAAUAAGGCUCAAGAAGUGUAUGAAGUUUUACUUCAUCAAACAACGAAUGAUAGUGGCAAGGGACCUAUUUAUUAUCAACUAGGUUCGAUCAAACGUAAUCAAGGAGAAUAUCAAGAAGCACUUAGAUAUUAUGAAAAAUCACUUGAUAUCGAUCAAAAAAUACUUCCUUCUAAUCAUCCAGAUUUGGCUUCUUCCUACGUGAGCAUCGGUAUAGUAUAUGAUAGCAUGGGUGAUUAUCCAAAAGCACUUUCUUAUUAUGAGAAAGCUCUUGAAAUUCAACAACAAACGCUUCCUUCCAAUCAUCCUGAUUUGGCUUCUUCCUAUGGCAGCAUCGGUUUAGUAUAUUGCAACAUGGGUGAUUAUCCAAAGGCACUUUUGUCUCAUGAAAAAGCCCUUGCAAUUCAGCAACAAUCACUUCCUUUCAAUCAUUCUGAUUUAAGUACAUCCUAUAUCAACAUCGGUAGUGUGUACUACAACAUGAGUGAUUAUCAAAAAGCACUUUCUUAUUAUAAAACAGCUCUUGCUAUUCAACAAGAAUCACUUCCUUCCAAUCAUCCUGCUUUUGCUUUAUCCUAUAUGGGCCUUGGUUUGGUGUAUAAGAACAUGGGUGAUUAUUCAGAGGCACUUUCUUAUUAUGAGAAAGUCCUUGAAAUUCAACAACAAACACUUCCUUCCAAUCAUCCUGAUGUGGGUGCAUCCUAUACCAACAUCGGUAGUGUGUACUAUAAUAUGGGUGAUUAUCAAAAAGCACUUUCAUUUUAUGAAAAUGCGCUUGCAAUCAAACAACAAUCACUUCCUUCCAAUCAUCCAGAUUUGGCUUCUUCCUAUGUGGGCAUCGGUAUAAAAUACAAUAGCAUGGGUGAUUAUCCAAAAGCACUUUCUUAUUAUAAAACAGCCCUUGCAAUUCAACAAGAGUCACUUCCUUCCAAUCAUCCUAAUUUAGCGUCGACCUAUGAUAACAUGGGUGUGGUGUAUGAGAAUAUGGGUAAAUAUUCAGAAGCUCAUUCAUUUUAUGAACAUGCUGUACAAAAUGGACAACAAUCAUUACCAUCAAAUCAUCCUAAGCUUCAAAAAUGGAGAGAAAACCUCGAACGUUUAAAAACGAAAUUAUAA